CACAGGUUCGCGGUUCAUGACAUCAUCGCCAAUAGGUUGGAUAUCCCCAUUGCCGAUCUGAUUGCUAGGAGAUGCCCUCUCUGCAGUGCCUCUUUUUCUCGUAAAGAUGUCCUUCUUCGUCACGUUCAACACCGUUGCCCGCAGCGCGUUGGCUCUCAGCGCGCUCCAGUGCCACCUGCAGGGCCACCGCUUCCGCCCUCGGCACCUCCUCCCAAUGUUCGAGCCCGCGGCGGACAUCAUCAAGAAGAGGGACGCGGCCAAGGCCGAGGUCAGCGGAGGCGGAGCCGAACCCGAGGACGCGGAGCCAUCGGGCAUCUCCAAGAAGGACAGGCUCAUGACGAAGCUGCUGCUCCGCCACGAAGACAACUUCAGAGGCUCGGCGCGCGACCAGAACGUAGUGGUGAAGCUGAAGACAGGCUCCCAGAUGCAGCUGGCGUUGGCGGCGGGCAUCCAGAACUACUUGAAGGUCGGCAAGGAGGCGCGCGCUGCGGUCGAGCCAAGCGAGUAUCGCGGCCACCCGCUAGGGAAGAAGCCCGACGCCUACCUCCGCAUGCUGCUAUUCCGCUUGAGCGAAGCGGUCGAGGGCAAGCUGGAGGAAGUUCACGCAGCUGUGGCCCAGGGGCCGCAGCCAGUCGAGUCGAAGGAGGCACUGAGACUGGUGGUCAACCUCGGCAAAAGCCUGAACAACAAGGAGGUGCGGCUCAAGGCGACCCGCUGCUUCGACGUCCAGACGAAGACCGACGUCGAUGGCAAGACGGUGGAGGAAACCAAGUGGAUAUUCGCCGCUAUGGCGCACCCGCCUCUCAUGCAAGCCAUUUACUGCCUGAAGGAGAACGGCGGCCUGCAGUCAGUGAACAUAGUGCUCGAGGACGAUACGGCCCCCAGGAGCAAGGAUGCGAAGGAGCUAGAGAAGCUAGUGUUCAAGGGCGGCGGCGGAGGCGGCAAGAAACACCCCAAGCGCCCCAAGCAGAAGUGAACGCCCCUGCCACGGCCCCAUGUGAGCUCCGUGGGUUAGAUCGGUUUUUUAGUUCUGGAACGGUCCCAAGAGACCGUGGAAGCUAGGUACCCUUUGGGUCGAGGGCUCGCGGCGGGACUAGAGGGUCCUGUUGCGACCGCUCUCGAAGUGCCAUCCCCUUAGAGGAGGGGGUGCUCGGGGGUGGGACCCUGUGGGCGGAGGCCAGCGCUCCGCGUCACCCCAGCCUCUGCGCUCCCUUCAGGCCCCAGCUAAUUCGUCUCGACAGAAUUAUGCUGCGCCGAGAGAUCGGUAGUUUUUGAUUGGGCCCGUCGCAAGACAUCCGCAAUGACUCUUAGAGGGUGUAGCGUUGCAAAAAAAAAGGAUGG